AUGUGCGACGAUCGCUGUAGGGGGAAAAAUGCGGAGGACUACAAACAGGUGGACGAGGAUCGUAAAGCAGCUGAAAGGCGUGUCCGCCACAUGUCGUUUAUUGUAUCGAAACUACUAAAUCUUGUCAGCAUAAUCAAAGACCUCUUUGUAGAGAAGGUCGCGUCAAUUUUCGAUCGACAUGCGAAGACGUUGUCUGAAGCAGUUGAGGUAGAAGAAGUGGAAGAAACUUUAAUCGAGGCUGAAUCUGAGCUCCAUGCGUUGGUAGUGCGAACGGACAUUCGCAAACCCUUCCAUGAGAUCGUUGACAUCCUGAAAGGCCUGGCGGAAGAAAUUCGAUUGAAAUCUGUAAGCAACGAUCUGACGUUGGAAUCACUAAUACGAUGGCAAAAGACAACGGUUCGCUCAAUUGAAUUUUUGGCCUUGGUGGGCAAGACCAUGCCUAUCGAUUCUGUAUUCCAUGCAUUAUACUUGCGGCUGAAGUAUAGCCGUGAUAAUGUUCGUAACCUGCAGCAUCAGUAUAGAUUAAAUGUUAAUUACCGGACGCGUGGCCGGUGGUAG